GGGGACCCCUGCCACCUGUAUCUGUGUGUUGUGGACAGUGGAAUCCCGAACGGCAAUUUUUUUUUAAUAAUCUAUUAGUCUUUAGUCGUUGUAAUUUUCCCUCACUUAUUAAUUCGACUUUAUUUUAUUCCGAUGAAGUAAAUUAUGCGAAUAAAAAUGAACGAAGAAAUUCGAGUUAAAACUGUUUAUAGUGGGGAAGUUAUUGUUUCCUAUAUAAAUUCAGUAAUCAAGUAUGAAGAGCUCCAAAACCACAUGGAGGACAUUUGUCAUCUGGCCAAAGGUCAACCAUUUACUAUGAAAUGGGUGGAUGAAGAAGGUGAUCCGUGCAUUAUAUCCACUCAAAUUGAACUUGAUGAGGCAAUCAGAUUGUACGAAGUGAACAAGGAUUCAGAACUUACCAUACACGUAUUUCCCAACGUUCCACCACUACCGGGUUUGCCCUGUCAAGGGGAAGACAGGAGUAUUUACAGACGAGGAGCACGGAGAUGGAGGAAGUAUUAUAUGGUCAAUGGGCAUACUUUUCAGCCUAAAAGAUUCAACAAAGGAGCUUUGUGCGCAUAUUGUCUGGAUAGGAUUUGGGGUCUCGGACGGCAAGGAUUCAAGUGCCUUGAAUGCAAACUGAUGAUACACAAAAAAUGCCACAAGUUUGUGAAGAAGCCUUGUUCGCAUGAGGCUGUCGAGCCAAGCUCCAAACCUGAAGAUGCAAACGGCGACUCGCCAGUCAUUCAAAGUAAUGCAGCCAUGAAACACUUAGAUGCAGUGGUGAAUAAUGUCAGCAACAAUGACCACUUCGAUCUACCCAUUGAUGCUGCCAACAAAAUUGAAGAUGAAAAUGUAGAUGCUGGUGCUGAAAGACAAUAUGCAUACUCAUUGGCUGACUUCGAGCUUAUCAGAGUUAUUGGACGUGGUAGUUAUGCUAAAGUAUUAAUGGUCGAGCUAAAGAAAACACGGCGAAUUUAUGCCAUGAAAGUUAUCCACAAAGCUUUAGUAACAGACGAUGAGGAUAUCGACUGGGUUCAAACAGAGAAGCACGUUUUUGAGACUGCAUCCAAUCAUCCGUUCUUAGUAGGGCUUCACUCUUGUUUCCAAACCCCAAGCCGAUUGUUUUUCGUCAUUGAGUUUGUUCGCGGUGGUGAUUUAAUGUUCCAUAUGCAGCGACAAAGGCGUCUGCCGGAGCACCAUGCUAGAUUUUAUGCUGCAGAAAUUAGUUUGGCCUUGAAUUUCCUCCAUAAAAAAGGUAUCAUAUAUAGAGAUUUAAAAUUAGAUAAUGUGCUGCUAGAUCAUGAAGGUCACAUUAAAUUGACAGAUUAUGGUAUGUGCAAAGAGGGCAUCCGACCUGGUGACAAAACAUCUACAUUCUGUGGUACACCUAACUACAUCGCACCUGAAAUUUUACGGGGCGAAGAUUAUGAUUUCAGUGUUGAUUGGUGGGCCCUAGGAGUCCUUCUUUUUGAGAUGUUGGCAGGUAGAAGUCCAUUCGAUAUUUCUGGUGCUUCGGACAUUCCUGAUCAAAAUACUGAAGACUUUUUGUUCCAAGUAAUAUUGGAAAAAACGAUCCGAAUACCAAGAUCAUUAUCAGUGAAAGCAGCAUCUGUGCUCAAAGGCUUCCUAAAUAAGAACCCAGCAUGCAGGUUAGGAUGCAUGCCGGGAGCGAGUUUUGCUGAUAUUGUAGAUCAUCCGUUCUUCAGAGGCAUAGACUUUGUCAUGCUGGAGGAAAAGCAGGUGACUCCUCCGUACAAGCCGCGAUUAGAGUCAGAUCGCGAUCUGGCAAAUUUCCCACCAGAGUUCACAGAUGAGCCAGUUCACCUAACUCCAGAUGAAACGCGCGUCAUUGAGAAGAUUGAUCAAACCGAAUUUGAAGGGUUUGAGUAUGUUAACCCUUUACUGAUGUCCAUGGAAGACUGUGUGUAAAAACAAAGAUAAAAGACUUAAUUUGUGUAGAUCUAAACAUCAUGUCUGUAGGGUAACCCAUAUACUCGAUUUUUUUUGUCCUGUUUUUUUAUGAUUUUUUUAAAAAUGAAAUAUGGAUAUGUAUCUCCAAAAGCAAUUUUACAAAUACGAAGCAGAAUUGAACAAAGCAUGUUAUUUUUAGUGAACAUAGAAAAAUGUUGAUUUGCUAUUCGAAGUGAUUCUGUGUUCAGUAAUCUUAACAGCAGAAGGCGUAAGGGCUCUAGAGAUUUUAAGCUUGAUUUUCACCCUGUUUCCAUGAAAGAUUUUAUUGUUCCUCCGCUUUUUGGAGACUUCUUUCCUCACCCUCUUGAUUCUCGUUUUGUAGGUGUAAUAGUGCAUUUAGGUUCCAUCCGCAAUCUCUCCUUUGCAGCUGAAGCCUUUUUUCAGCAUUUGCAUUGUAGGAAGAAAUUGUUUUCUUGGUCUCCAUUUUUCCGUACAAAAAGGAAACUUUUGGGUACUCAUUUUCCCGUGAGUAUGCUUUGAAGACAUGAUAGGUUGAUUAUUAGAAUUAUUAUUGGUAUUCUCAAUAUUUAUUCAAAAGGGUUCAUUUUAUUUCAAAAAUCCAACUCAACAGCCUCUGAACCUAUUUCUGAAAAUCUCUUGCUCUGAUACUUUGAAUUUGUCCAUAUUUUGUUCAAGUGCUUAUUGAUGCCUCUCUUGUUUAAUAAUUUUGUAAUAUUUGCUCUUAUUACUGUUGUAACUCAGAGAUUUUUUCAUUAGACUUUGAUAAUACAUAAAAAGGAAGAUGAUACGUAAAUCAAAGUAACCAGGAGCUGUUUAGCGUUCUCCUUAUAAACUGAAUUAACUUGAUGAAAUGUUAAUUUUUGGCUAGUGUCGCAUCGCAUUGCUGAGGCAUUAAAGUGAGGCAUUACAGCAUUAAGACCCUUGUUAAUGGUUAUCAUAAUCUCUUUUCAACUACGUUUUGUUUGACGUAAAUUUUAAGUUUCAAAUUUUUGGCAGUUCUCCUCUUUGAAUUCAGUAAUUGAAUGAUCAAGUACUUAAGCUGUGAUUUUAGUACAGUGUGUUUGUACUUAAAAUGCUUAAACUUAAGUGUCCUUAUCUAAUUUUCUAACGCAGAUCAAAUUUUAAAAUAUCCUUUUGCCUGUUAGUCGAGUGAAAUGAAUUCCUAGUGCAAUGUUUGUAAGGGUGAGAAGAAUCGGAAUAUAUUGUGAGAAUUAUGUCUCUGCAUAAUAUUUUCAGCUUUAAAAUCACCUAUUCGAUUCCCAAAUUCAAAGGAAAGAAUGCUUCCUCAGGCAGUGGAAUGACCUUCUUUUGUACUUUGUCAACGGACGAAUGUUCUUCUAAAAAUCUAUUGAGUAAAUCCUCUCUGGCUCUGUUUGCAAAGUUUUUGAUCCCUAUAAAAACAAUGCUGGAGCUAGUAAAAUAAGAGUAUCUCCUCUCCUCAAAAGGUACUUGCCCACUAAGUGAUCACAUUUGAUUUGAAAAUAUUCUUCUAAAUUCCCCUUCAGAAAAGUUGGGAAGCCCUUUCUUAUGCAGAAAAAUUUCAGAGUUCACAAGUUAUGUAAUCCAUAAACAGGAACAUUGUAGUCUCAGCCAAGUGCAAGGAGGUUGUGUCCUCUAAAUUUAUUCUAUAAUUUCAGCAGCUUUAGUGGUAGAAAAUUAUUCAAUUUGAAAAUACUAGGAAAUUUUUGGACAACUAGUUUUUUUCACUGUCAAUUGUUGUAUCUUGUGUUUCUAGUUUGCAUCAGAAACACUGUAGGUUUGAGCGUUUAUAGGUGCAAUGGAGGUAUAUAUACCCUCAGUCAAAGCUGAGCUCCUCAUAGAGUUCAGAGGUUUUAAGUGAGAAAAUGGUGUUCAUCACAACAGUUCAGUUAUGUUCUGACUAUCUGGAUGAUGACUCUCCAGUUUUGUGAUUUUCAAGUUGAUUCAGUAUGUACGACCUGGCCAGAUCUCAGAGAAAGCCUAAAAACAUAAAGCGGAUAAAAGAUUCGCACCUGUGUACAAUAAUACAUAUUCAGAUUGCGCAUGCUUUUUGUUAGGAUUGAGUCUUAUGCCUUGUUUCCGCUUUGAAAUUUGUGUGAUUUUUAGCAGCAACUAAUUGCUGUAGCCAUAAAUAUUUGACCCAAAACGAUGAGCUCCUUGUUAGAUCGUGAGAGUAUCAGGAAAAAACGCUCCAGUAGAGCACUGCACUUUUGGAGGGCUGCGAUAGCUAUGAAAGAUCUGAAUUAGAUAAUCUUACCGAGACUGUGGAAUGAAAGAUUUGCUUUGACAAUAAUGAUCCAGCUCUUCUACAGAUAUUUCUGGUAUGUGUUUCAUCUGCUUUCUGUCAUAAGUAAGACUGUUCUAGUAUCAAUUUAUUGCCUGCUUAGCUUGUAAGCCUCUUGUCUUAAAUGUCUAAUUGGACGCAAUUUGUCCUAUUUACAUUGGGAGUUUUGGAAGAAGACAGAAGCAAUAUUGGAGAAUCGAUAACUUUCAUUUAGACUGAUUUCUAAUGAAAAAAGUCUAUCUGCAUAGAAACAACAAGCAAAACCAUCCUCUACUCAGAGCAGAGUCUUAUGUCUCUGCAUAAUUUGCCAUUAAUGAUAGUUUUUGUGUAUCGAAUCUCGCCCAGCCCAACACUAAACUCCAAUCCUUAAACUCAAUCCACCCCUCAAACAGAUACACUCUUUCUUACAUCUCUGAAUGUUGAUAGAUUAAUUUUGCACAAAUGCUUCCAAUUGGACAAACUUUUUUUUAAUAUUGCAUCGUCACAUCAUCGACAUUCGUCUAUUAAUUUGUGCAUUCCUUUUGUUUCCUUUAGUGCCUUUUCCCCCCUCUCAAUGUGAUUGCCCUUGUGAAGACAACAUUCCUUUUUUUAUACUUAUAUUCUCUUUUUCUUUUCACCCGUAUAACAACAAGUAUUAAUCUGUAAGUAUUACUUAGUAGUAUUAUGUUUUAGAAAAGUUUUUAGUAUCUUAACUAGUAACGCAUAUCAUGUAAAUAUGAAUUUUUCAUUUGUCCAUUCCUGUACAGUAUUUAUGCUUGAGCUGUAAUGGGUGAUGAUUCUGCAUACCAAAAUUGCCUUGUACUCUGUUCAAUAGUAAUGAAUGUUUAAUGUAGUUUUAAGUUUUGUUACAUAUAUUUUUUAUAAGAAAUAUUGUUGUUAAACAUGAAACAAAAUAUAAUUUAUACCAACCUUACCAUA